UAAUACUUAUUUUGAUUACAAAACGUUUACUUUUUCACAAAAAAUAAAUACAGUUCAACCUAUACAAAAUAAAAACUCAACCCUGACAACCUGAACACGUCACUUCCGGUUCUCUCCUCUUUCGACUCUCGUAUCUCUCGCCAUUUUGAUAAAGUCGCUCGACGCACACUGGAAACGAAUCAGUUAAAGUUGAAGCUGCAGGAACGAAAGCAUCUAAAACAGCGACAACCAGAGACCAAUUCUGGAUCACAACGACCAUCACUCAGUUGUCAGGAGUUUUGAAAAAGAAGAUUCAACGAUGACAAUGAGUGGAUGUCGCGUCUUUAUCGGCCGCUUGAGCCCGCACGCCAGAGAGCGAGACGUGGAGAAGUUCUUCAAAGGAUACGGACGGAUCCGGGAAAUCAAUCUGAAGAAUGGAUUUGGCUUUGUGGAGUUUGAUGACCACAGAGAUGCAGAUGAUGCCGUGUACGAGUUGAACGGCAAAGAGUUGUGCAGUGAAAGGGUCACUAUCGAGCACGCUCGCUCCCGGAGAGGAAGAGGUGGCGGUCCCGGAGGAAUGGGGGGUCGGUUCGGUGGUGGCAGUGACCGUAACGGUGGUGGUGGAGGGGGAGGAGGUGGAGGCGGCGGUGGUGGUGGCGGGGGUGGAGGAGGCGGCGGCUACCGCCAAUCUCGCAGCAGUGGUUCCAGACUGGAUAGGUAUGGCCCUCCAGUGCGGACGGACCACAGGCUCAUAGUGGAGAACCUCUCCUCCAGAAUCAGCUGGCAGGACCUCAAAGACCUGAUGAGAAAAGCAGGUGAAGUAACCUUUGUGGACGCUCACAGGCCCAACAAAAAUGAAGGAGUGGUGGAGUUUGCCUCACGCAGCGACAUGAAGAACGCCAUCUCCAAACUGGACGGCUCAGACCUGAACGGGCGCAAGCUCAAGAUCUUUGAGGACAGCAGGAGUCACAGUAAGAGCCGUUCCCGUUCCCGCAGCUACUCUCGCUCCAAGUCCCGCUCCAGGAGCCGCAAUCGCUCCAGGAGCCGAUCCCGUUCUCGCUCCAUGAGCCGAACCCCGGAGAAGAAGGCGUCGGGCGGGGGCCGAGCCUCCGGAAGAUCCCCCUCCAGGUCCAAGUCCCGCUCCAGGUCCCGUUCUCGUUCUGCCCCCCGCCGAUCCCGCUCUCCCGCCCGCCAUUCCCGUUCUCCCGCCCCAAGAUCUCGCUCUCCCCCUCCCAGAUCCCGUUCUCCCGCCCCGAGAUCUCGUUCUCCCCCUCCCAGAUCCCGUUCUCCUACACCCAGAUCCCGUUCUCCCGCCCCGAGAUCUCGCACUCCCCCCCCCAGAUCCCGUUCUCCGGCCCCAAGAUCUCGCUCCCCCCCGGCGCCGGUUCCUAACAAACAGUCCCGCUCUCGUUCCAGAUCUCGCUCACGUUCCCGCUCCGCCUCCGCUGACAGCAAACACUGAGGGAGGGGGCAUGAAACAGACUCUCUCCACAGGCCUGUAGAGGGCGUGUCUUUAUCUUUAUUUUUAAUCAUUGGCUCUUUUUGUUAGUUUGGAUGUGCUUCCACAGGAAACCUGAAAUUCCCGCCCUUUUUUGAAAUCCUCUCCUAAUUUGAUGAAAUCCAGAACGACAGAAAACACUGAUUCUCCGUCGGCCAUGUUUGAUUCCAUCCACCCCCCUGUGCGUUCAGACGUUAGCAGGGAUUCAUUACUCCCUGAAAAUGUUCAUGCGUGUUUUUUGUGUGUAACGUGAGCUCCUGGCAUUGCCGUGAAACUGUGAUUCUGACACGUUGUUGCGUUCACUGACCUGUUGUGUGAACGGCAUUGUGUUUUAUUUCUUGUUUAAUGAUCAUUCAUUCGUGCUGAAUCAGGACCUCUGCGUCUCCGUUUUACUUAUUUUAUCUGCGGCCUCGGCCUGUGGGGCGUUUAGUUGAGCAGGAACAAAUGUAUCUGAAUAAGGUUAAUGAUUUGAUACUAAUAAAACACUCACUGCGUAUUGUCAUUACAUUUUUUUUUUUAGUAAGAAGGAACAGUGAAUUUUCUUUUAAUACUUUGUGAAUGUGGGUCUGUGCAGUUCUGACAAAUAAAGCUUUCACAAACUGUU